GGAGUGCUGAAGUUGAUUCUGAAACACGUCUUUUUAUUUCAUUUCGUAAAAAUCUAAAUAUUCCGGGGAUGGAGACGAGAUUGAUUGAUGUUACAUAAAUCUUAUGUGUCCUGAAUACCUCAUUUAUUGAAUAUGUUGUAUAAAUCAAUGCCAUUCAACGUUAUACUGGUCUUUUACGUUCCGUGAUAAAGUCUAUGCGGUUAAUUUUGAUACGCAAUUAAGAUAAAGCCUACCCUUCAUAAGGUUUUUGGUUUACUUAAGUCAUCACGAUCGUGCCUGUCGAUUUUAAGUUUUGAUCCUUUACUUGAUUUCUUUAAAACUUAAAAUGUGUGCCAAUUGGACUGCUAACAUCAGAGACAUGUCGCCAGACCGCCAUGGACAUUACCAACUUGACAAUGUGGGUUUGCAAAAUGGGCUUGGUCUGCCAGUACAGUUGCUGGGAGCUAAUAUGAUGAACAAUUUUUACAUGCCUAGACAUGAUGGCUACAGAGGUCAUCAUCCAAGGAACCAUUCUCCGAGGAACCAAUCUCCGAGGGACCAUCACCGCCGUAGGCACGAUGGCCCUAACCCCCCAAUGCCCCUGGAAAUCAAAUUGACAGGGGAUGGAAUACCUAUCCGGACAGUGUACAUUAACAAUAUAUCUAUUGAGAAAAGUCGAGAAGACAUUAUGGAUAUCUUUAGCCGAUGUGGAAUAGUUUAUAAUGUUUACAUGGGGUUGUCAAAGAAUUGCAACCAAAAACAAUUUGCAUUUGUCACUUAUGUAAAUCCUCUGGAUGCAACUCGUGUGCUGAAUUUGAAAAGGUUCAACGGUAUGUACGUCAACCCUGCAGACAGCUGGCACCAGCCUAUAGAGUUGCCCGACGGAACUAUCGAGUGGCGUGGUCGGAAGAACCUCUACAAGCAAGAAGAAAGCAACGAACUGGAGGAAGACAUAGCUUCCGAGGAAGUCCCAAGUAAAGUUGAGACGGAAAUAAUCCAGGGAAGUCUGAACAUGCUGAACGAUGACUGCUUGUUGCACAUUUUUUCAUUCCUAACAUUAAAGGAAACAGCAGGUGUCGAGAGAGUGUGCAAGCGGUGGCAGGCAUUGUCCCUGCGCAUGUGGCAUUGUGUGCACGAGCUGAAUUUCAACAAGGACAACUCCCUCACACAUGUGUUUAUGAACACUGGAACGCUGGACCAGUAUCUGAAGAGAUGUGGACCGGUUCUCACCUCGCUGUAUCUCGGCAACAACGACAACCACAAGUUCGAUGGUGCAGCGCUCUUUGUCAUUGCUAAGCAUUGUGGUGGGAGGUUGGAGUCUCUAGGUAUCAAUAACAUUGACGUUCCCAAGAGAAGCCUGGCUCACAUCGGACGAUCUUGUCCUAGGCUCAAGAGACUCUCUCUGGACGGCUGUUACAAAUUGAAUGACCAAGAACUGGCCCCGAUGCUGAACAAGUUGACACAUUUGAAAGUGCUUGAACUAGCCAGAUUGCAGGUUGUCACUGGCAAAUGCUUGACAGAGAUGAAGGGUCCCGUCACAAAACUCAAAAUCAUCGACUUGCCUAUGUUGGUUCCUCAUGUACUGCUCAGUGGAUUGGAGAAGAUGGCACCUACGCUGGAAAAUGUAGCAUUGAAUGACUGCACCGUGUUUAGAAACAAUCAAAUAUUGGCCAAGAUAGUUGCUGUGGUGCCUAACAUCACCUCAUUCUGCCUGUCUCACUAUUCAUCAGUGUUCUACAAUACCAGCUUGGCUCCAUUGGGACAGCUCAAGAAACUCACCUCCCUCAACCUCCAUGUCCACAAUGCUGUCAAUGACAACGCACUGACAGCCAUCGUGGAAGGCUGCGAAGAACUUACCAAUCUCAAACUCUCUGGUAGUGGUGGGGAAUUCGCCGGAGGAGUGUCAGAGAGAGGCAUCUCUAUGUUGGCUCGUCUCAAGAAACUGACUCAUCUCGACAUUUCCUACCUGGAGGCCACCAAUGACACAGCUUUGAAGAACUUGACUGCUCGAAACUGCAAACUGCAGCAGCUUGAUUGCAGAGGCUGUCCAAGUCUUACUGAUGAGGGACCUCAGGCAGUGCUUACAUUGUGUCAUGAGCUACAGCUGUUUGAUCUGAGCGGGUGUGAAGGAGUUACCAUUAGUACCGUUGAGACUGCAGUGGCGUCUGUCAAGAUGAGAACCAACAACAUUCCCCUGAGGAUCUGCGUGGGAGGAACGGAAGUGGAACAUAACCCCUCAACCUCUUACAAUGUACCUCGGUUCACGCUGGAUUUCAAGGACACAAGCGAGGAACAUUUGCGACCAGACUUCAUAGACGACAUGUUCUUCCCGCCCUCGGACAGCGAUGAAGAUGAUGACCUGGACCAUCUUUGUGAGCGAAUCGUGGAUGCGAUUUUUAAUCCCCCUGUAGGAGUCAUCCAACGUUUAUUUUUGGAGGCGCGUUGGCGGAAUUACCAAGUGAUUUAGAAUACGACAGCGAUGAAUUGUACGAUUCAGAUGGAUUCCCGGAUUUGUCGUGAUGUACUUCAACAAGACUGAUAAUUUACUGUUGAUUGGUCUAUAUUGUUCUGUUUAACAGGUGUCUUUCCAAAGACCUGUAGUAUUUUGUUACUUUUUGCACUGGUUAAUGUUAGAAGUUAUUGUAUUUGAAGAGUCAUGCUCAUUGUUAAGAUUCAAGGUUUUUUUUAUAGCUGCAAACAGUUGUUCUAUGUAGUUUCAUUCUGAAAAGUAAGUACUUAAUGAGCAGUGCCUCGAACAUGUAUAACUCUUGUAAGCACUGUAGCCAUUGGCACCCUGUUUACAAAUGGGUAAUACAGCUCAGACUAAAGUCAAAGAAUUGUCACAAGACAGAAUUAUAUUUUAGAUUUAUUGUAUUUGUAUAUUAAUUAAUUGUGCUGUAUUGUUAUUUUUUAUGUAAGCGUUGAAUAUGAUGUUAACAAACUUGUGGAUUAUAUUACAGCGGCUUAACAGUCAGCUGAAUGUGUGUUUAUUUUUGUAUUAAGAAAAGCCAUGUCUAUUGUUAAAAUACUUUCUUACAAUGUUUUUAAAUAAAGUUCCUUGAAGAAA